AUGGAAUCUGCGCGUUCCCCGAUCCCUUCUUAUCUAUGGGUAGCUCCGUACAUACUUUCCUUCUCUGGGCUCCUCAUGACCUCCCAACCUCUGCGCGCCGCGAUGUUCGUCCCAAUUGCCGGCAUCCUCCUCCACAUCACCACCCUCAGGACCGCGCCCUCCGAACACGCCAUGGCGUGUGCGCUCACACAACUAACUUUACAGAUGCUCGAUUUCCUCGUCCUGACUGACUCACAUUCGGAGCUGCGUUUGGCCGAUCAAGUUACAGAUACAGACCAACUUCCCCUUUACGAACGCGUCAAAUGGGUGCUGCGGCUGAUGACGAGCCCGCGCCUCGUUGGUUGGGUGAAUGAACCGAAGAAUGGCAUUCCUCCACGCCCCACUGAUACGUCGAGGCUGCGUUUUGCCCUGAAACAGCUUGCGUACCUUGGCCUCAACCUCCUCGUCCUCAACAUCGUGGACGUUACUGUGACUCUAUGCUCUCAGUGGCAAUCCGCCCAUGAACUUGGGGUAGCAGGCACGUGGGCUUUGCGGUCUGUCUAUGCCCUUCAGCAAGGUCUGUUGACGUGGAUGGGGAUCAAGCUCUCGCAUCAUAUCUGGAUAAUGUUGGUGCUGGCUACUGGGAGGUGGAUGCCCAAUGACCUUCCACCACUGUUCUCGAACCCAGGAAACGCGAUUACUUUGCGCAAGUUUUGGGGACGAACAUGGCACCAGAUGCUUCGAAGGGUCAUAACAUCACCCAGCGCCUUCGUCGCCAACACCCUCCUUAACCUCCCGCGACACGGCAAACUCUCCAGAUACACGCAGCUCUACCUCGCGUUCUUCUUUUCCGGACUCAUCCACGCCUGGCCCGAAUACAUGCAGUUCGGGCAUUUCGCCGGGAGCAUGCGCUUCUUUCUCCUACAGGCGCUGGCGAUACAUUGCGAGGAUACGUUGAUUUCUCUCGCCGGCGGGAUGGGCGUGAAGCAGUCGAAGACGUGGGAGAUUGCUGAGUACAUUUGGGUGUGGCAGUGGUUUACUUGGUGCAUUCCCGCGUGGGUAGGCCCUCUGCUCGAGAGUGGGGUCCCAGGCGCGAAGGUGGAGAUCAUACAAGGAUUGUAUAUGGAAUUCAACGUUGUCAGUAACCACCAUGGCAAGUAUCAGUCUCAAAACUAUCGAAGCCUGCGACGAGAGGCGCAUGCGCCACACACCAUUAAGCACCAAUUCCAAUGCAUAUUCGACGUACACGAGCACGAAGGAUCUCCUCCAGAGAAUCAAGCAACGAGGCAACGAAAACAAGAUGAACUUAAGGGGAUCAUCUCGCACGAGUUACGAGAUGCAACUUUCGAGGGCAACUGGGUACGAGAGGCGUUCUUCCCAGCAUCAGGUGGUAUUGAUAAGGUGGUAUUCGAUGGGUUGCGAGGAAAGGAGUGGACGACGAACAUCGGCGCCGAUGAAUUUGGGCUCCUAAAUUGGCCAGAAGCCGGAAAAGGACACGAGCGAUUAUUCUACGAACCACUGGUGAAGUUGUUCAAUACGAUUAUCGAUAAAUUCAAGGCCCUGCGCCCCAGCCAAUACCAGAAAUCCUAUUUCAGAGAUGUUCGUUUUGCCAUCUACGACCGAGUUUUGCGAGGCUCUAUCGACAGCGAAGCUCCUUUGAAACCGGAUUUCGUAGCACUCGAUGGCAUCCUUGGCACUGAUGUUCGCCUAUAUUGGUACCAGACGCUGAUUGUUGGUGAUGUCGAAGGCCAUUGGGGCGACCUCGUUGCUCAAGCCGGAACUUAUGCUCGAUGCCUUUUCGCGGCGACGGAACAUCGCAUUUUCAUCCCGAUGUUCCUCUUUUGCCAGGACAAUCUUUCGUUUCGAGUAUGCCUGUAUCACCGCGGUGGAUUAUUAGCAACCACCCCCAUGGCUCUCGCCACCAAGGCCGGCUUUCGCGAAGUUGUUGCCACUAUCGUUGGUAUAUGGCAAUGGGAGACACUCUCUCAAGCCGGGUAUGACCCUUGCAUGACCCAUUCCCAUAUCUCACUCAAUCACGCCCAGUACCGUAUCACCCAGGUUCUUUGCCGUCGGCAGGCCAUCCGGGGUCGGGGCACGGGCGUUUUCGCAGUCAAGCUGGACAAGGAGCUUGGACGACCUUCGCGAUCCCGGCUCCGUCGUUUUCUCCCAGAAUUUACGAAGGAGCUACUGGAGAAAGUCAACCUCCGCGCAUGGUCGCGACUGAACCCUUAUGACGACUUGGAGGCGUGCAACCCCACUGCGACGAAGCCACUGAAUGUCAAGUUGCCCGAAUCUUUUAUCGUAAAAUGCUCCCAUCAACCCGCUGGCCGCGAUAAGGAAGAGGAUAUUUUCAGAUCUGUUCAAGGCUACAUUGGCAUCCCUGAUAUUUUGAUUGGGUAUGAAGCACAGCAAUUUCACACUUCGAAGAAUGUCCCUGAAUUCUGGCCUAUCAAAUUUCGCAAGAAUAAUGAAGACGCUAUGAACCCACCUGAUGAGGGGACGGCCACUCUUAUAUCUGACUCCACGGCUCAAGCCUUUGAGGUUCGAUGCCAUCGUCAUCUAGUUAUAGAAACAAUGGGACACCCGCUAGAUGAGACUUUGGGCCCUCAGAAACUUGCGCGGGCUCUCCAGCAUGCCGCGAUGGGUGAGCAUUGUGCCUUGUUCACCCAAGGUCGUUACCUCCAUCGUGAUGUCAGUAAUGGCAACAUCAUUGUUUUAGACGAACCCGUACCCCGACGAAUACCUGAUAUCCAGGACUGCGUCGCGUUCCUCAUCGAUGGUGAUGGGGCUCAAAGAUGGGGCAGUGCCGAGCAAUCUUCGCAUCGUUUCGGUACUUUACCCUUCCUCUCACUACGCAUUUUGACGGAAUGGGCCUCAGGCGGGCAAGCAUCUCAUACGCCCAUCGACGAUUUGGAGUCUUUUGCAUGGGUACUCCUUUACGAACUACUUCACUGGGCACCGAGCAGGACGCAGUCGGAAACAAGAUGGUGGAAGCUUCUCAACGCCGAUGGAGUCUCGCAUAUGCCCGUCUCGAAACGAUCCAUUCUUGUGCAAUCGUGGUCAAAGAAGUGCCAGAACCUCAUGGACACGAGGGUUGCCUUGGAUUCCGAAGAACUGAUGGGACUUUUUGGCGAGGCGUACAAAGAGUUCAUUGGGAUUGUCGAUACUCAGAUUCCUCUCAUGCGAAUUCCGUAA